UCAUCAUAGUUUCCAUUGAGAAAACGGAAAACACAACACACUAUGGAUAAGACAAACACAUUGCUCUUUUCCUUGUUUGCUCUCCUCCUCACGACAUCUUCAUCCAAAGACCUAUGUCACAAAGACGACAAAAACGCCCUCCUCAAGAUCAAAAAAGCCAUGAACGACCCUUAUGCCAUGAUCUCCUGGGACUCCAAGGACGACUGCUGCACUUGGGUCGCCGUUGAAUGCGGCGACGCAACUCUUAACCACCGGGUCACUACUCUAGUCAUACAAAACGAUGGUGUCUCAGCUCAGAUCCCUCCUGAAGUCGGCGACUUACCGUAUUUACAAACCAUCAUAUUCCACAAACUCCCUAACCUCACUGGUGAAAUUCCACCCACCAUCGUCAAGCUCAGGUAUCUCCGUUAUCUCUGGCUCAGCUGGAACAGCCUGACCGGCCCGGUUCCUGAAUUUCUGAGUCAGCUGAAGAAUCUAGAGUACAUAAACCUUUCCUUUAAUAACCUCUCUGGCUCCAUACCCGGUUCUCUCUCUUUGUUACCUAAACUAGGGUAUCUUGAACUAAGCAGGAACAAGCUUACAGGUAAGAUACCAGAGUCAUUUGGAUCGUUUAAAGGAGUGGUACCUGACCUUUUCCUAUCACACAACCAGCUAUCCGGUUCAAUACCAAAAUCACUAGGCAACCUUGAUUUUAACCGGAUCGAUUUAUCCCGUAACAAGCUUGAAGGCGAUGCAUCGAUGAUGUUUGGAGCCAAAAAGACGGCAUGGUCCAUUGAUUUAUCGAGAAACAAGUUCCAGUUCGAUAUUUCCAAGGUUAUAGUGGCAACGACAGUUAAUAACUUAGUCUUGAAUCACAAUGGGCUCACAGGGAGUAUCCCGGUUCAGUGGACCCAACUUAGUCUUCAGACUUUCAAUGUUAGCUACAACAGACUGUGUGGACGCAUUCCCCAGGGAGGAGACCUUCAGAGAUUUGAUGCUUAUGCCUAUCUUCACAACAAGUGCUUGUGUGGUGCACCUCUUCGGAGUUGUAACAAGAUAAUUUAAGCAACCAAUCUUUAUCUCUAAAAGUUACCAUCAAAUAAAUAGCUUAUAACAGUAUAAGGGCAUCUUUGUGUUCCAUUUGGAAUCUUUAUAUAUAAAAGACAGUUUACUCUCUCCUGGGUGCGCCACAUGGGACGCCACGUCACAAAUUCGAAGCAUGUAGGUGCGCCAUGUGUCCGCGUACAUAAACCGCAUCGUUUCAUUAAAACAUAAGUGUAAUUGGUUUGGGCUUUUAUUAUAUUUGGGCUUCAUCCGUCUGCGUUAAGACGACACCACCGUCGUGUCGAUCCAAGUACAGGCCACCGUAUCUUACCAGAAUAGGUGUACGCUUUCAUUCAAUCUCCGUCGUUUACGUUUUCAUUCACUCCAUUAAACCAUCACCUUUAUUAACUCGCAUUCAAUAGCAUCUUCACCUUCCUUGAUGGUUACAAAACUUAUCCUAUAAAUAAGGAGGUAAGCUUCGCCGAAAUUCAUCAAUCAUCACCUCUCACCCUCAAUCCUCAUAAUACUUUUCUUCAGUAUGAAGGUUUCUUCAUAGAAAUUCUGAUAUAGAUGUGGAGUUUCGAGAUGUUGAAUCGCUUUGUGAAUCUUCAAUCCCGACGUUUUGUCUUCUUUCCUAAUCAACGGAACUUAUCAGGAGAGCUAUUCAAGACGAAUCGCGAUCAGUCUGAUGAUGAUUCCCUGGAUCGAGAAGCCUUGGUGUCGUUUCAUCUUGGAGGUAAAGCUUCCAAGAAUAUCAACAAUGACAUAGAACUUGAAUUUUGCUGCUGCGGCAAGGAAGCUCACUGAGAUGGUGCCAUCCUGGAUUGGCUGAAACUUUCUACAACCAACGUGUACCGGAAACGAUUGUGUCUAGCAGAGGAGGUAACAGCAGGCUCUUAUGACGUCUAUGAUGCUGUGAAAACAUGUUCAAAGAUAUCUGCAAGGUUUGCACCGGGUCAAGAGUUAUUCUGUUUCAGUUAAGAUCCUGAAGAAUGCACCAGUUCUUGCGAUUGUUUAUGAGAACUUUUUCGGCUGUGUUUUGCUUAUUGUAGAGGUAAAAUAAAAGUACUUCCUUAGAUUUUUUUUUGUGCAUCAGAAGCUUUGCUAAAAAGGAACCAGUUCAUGAAAUUGUUCCAAUGACACAACCAGCUAUCCGGUUCAAUACCAAAAUCACUAGGCAACCUUGAUUUUAACCGGAUCGAUUUAUCCCGUAACAAGCUUGAAGGCGAUGCAUCGAUGAUGUUUGGAGCCAAAAAGACGGCAUGGUCCAUUGAUUUAUCGAGAAACAAGUUCCAGUUCGAUAUUUCCAAGGUUAUAGUGGCAACGACAGUUAAUAACUUAGUCUUGAAUCACAAUGGGCUCACAGGGAGUAUCCCGGUUCAGUGGACCCAACUUAGUCUUCAGACUUUCAAUGUUAGCUACAACAGACUGUGUGGACGCAUUCCCCAGGGAGGAGACCUUCAGAGAUUUGAUGCUUAUGCCUAUCUUCACAACAAGUGCUUGUGUGGUGCACCUCUUCGGAGUUGUAACAAGAUAAUUUAAGCAACCAAUCUUUAUCUCUAAAAGUUACCAUCAAAUAAAUAGCUUAUAACAGUAUAAGGGCAUCUUUGUGUUCCAUUUGGAAUCUUUAUAUAUAAAAGACAGUUUACUCUCUCCUGGGUGCGCCACAUGGGACGCCACGUCACAAAUUCGAAGCAUGUAGGUGCGCCAUGUGUCCGCGUACAUAAACCGCAUCGUUUCAUUAAAACAUAAGUGUAAUUGGUUUGGGCUUUUAUUAUAUUUGGGCUUCAUCCGUCUGCGUUAAGACGACACCACCGUCGUGUCGAUCCAAGUACAGGCCACCGUAUCUUACCAGAAUAGGUGUACGCUUUCAUUCAAUCUCCGUCGUUUACGUUUUCAUUCACUCCAUUAAACCAUCACCUUUAUUAACUCGCAUUCAAUAGCAUCUUCACCUUCCUUGAUGGUUACAAAACUUAUCCUAUAAAUAAGGAGGUAAGCUUCGCCGAAAUUCAUCAAUCAUCACCUCUCACCCUCAAUCCUCAUAAUACUUUUCUUCAGUAUGAAGGUUUCUUCAUAGAAAUUCUGAUAUAGAUGUGGAGUUUCGAGAUGUUGAAUCGCUUUGUGAAUCUUCAAUCCCGACGUUUUGUCUUCUUUCCUAAUCAACGGAACUUAUCAGGAGAGCUAUUCAAGACGAAUCGCGAUCAGUCUGAUGAUGAUUCCCUGGAUCGAGAAGCCUUGGUGUCGUUUCAUCUUGGAGGUAAAGCUUCCAAGAAUAUCAACAAUGACAUAGAACUUGAAUUUUGCUGCUGCGGCAAGGAAGCUCACUGAGAUGGUGCCAUCCUGGAUUGGCUGAAACUUUCUACAACCAACGUGUACCGGAAACGAUUGUGUCUAGCAGAGGAGGUAACAGCAGGCUCUUAUGACGUCUAUGAUGCUGUGAAAACAUGUUCAAAGGUGUGAUCCCUUGGUUUCUUCAAUCCAGAGUCCACAAAAAAUUUUGUUCCGUAGUUUGUGUUCUACUUUUGUAUCUUUACAGUUGUAAAGAAAUAGAACGAAUAUAGCAAUGUGCCUAGAGAAUGAAGCUACUUUACUUAUGUUUCUUAAUAUUCUACAUUUUUUGUAAAAGAUACUAUCAAAGUUUUUAUUACCAAAGCAAAUUAAUGAUAAGCACCAUGGCAAUGUAA